CCGUACUCUCACUCUCCGUCUCCUCGCCAGCGACAGCGAGCAGUGAGCUGCGGGGCGCGUGCGGCGUCGGUGCGGAGAGCGACGCGACCGACUCCGGCAGGCGCCUCCUGAUCACCACCGCCUUCUCCUCCGCAAUGGCGAACAGGGGAGGGAAAGGGUCCUACCCUUCGUUUUAUCCCCCCUUUCCCUGUAUUUUUUUUUGCGUCGAUGUCGUCUCAAUCCUCGACCAACGCGACAUUCACCGGAUAAAACCCGGUGGAUGCGGGGAUCUUCGCGUCUAUCGAGUAGGAUCCGAUGCCAAUGGCCAAGGAUUAGGGUUUACAGAACGCCGAGGGUUUUGUUGUCACGGUACUGGUGCCCUGGCGGGUGGGCAUCGAUAGGAUAUGAAUUUUGGCUAUUGGAGAUGGUUUAGAUCCAACUUGAUCGGUGCGAGGGAUUAUGAUUUGGUUGUUUAUCAUGUGGUUUUGGUUGGAUUUUGUUAUGGGUGUGAUAUAUCCACGACAAAACAGAGCUGUUUGUUCAGGGCCUCUUUCGACUGUAUGACUUUUGAGAAGGGUUCCAGUCCUUAAGAUUUUUUUUCCUGACAAUGCCCUUUGGAUCGUAGAAUUGGAUUGGAUUAUCUGUUAUGUGUGCUUAUAGAAAUACAUCUGGCUAAUAUUUGUUACCAAAUUAAAUCUUAACAACUUUGCUACUGGUUGUGUCACUCAUAUGUGGGUGGGUUCUUAUAAUUUGGUGUCUCAAGGAAAGCUGGAAAAGUAGAUAAUUGAGUUGACCGUGACACAGCUUGCUCAAAAUGACGAUGCAUUAAACGCUGCUGGGCAUUGUCGAAUCACUAGCAGCCUAAUAGGUUUUGGGUCUGCUUGCCUGUGAAUAAGGUAACACUAAAUGGAUUAUUUGUGUUUAUGCACAAGUGCAUUGCUAAAUUUAGCGAUUCCUAAGGGUUUUAGUCUAACGAAUGGUCCUUCCCUUCAACAAGAGAGCGAAUAUCCGUGGAUAUGUCUUGCAUGCGUUCCUUGGAAGAAUUUUUGUUGAUUUUGGUGCAGUUAAGCACAUAAGCUUGGUCUGUAUAUUUAAAUUCCAUGCUUGAGCAUCUUGGUGUGUUGUCCUUUUUUUUUCUGCUCUGCAGAGGAAGGCCGGCUGUUAAUGUAGGGCAUGUUUGGUUGGUAACUAAUUGCCUUAGCUUAGGUGCUCAAAUUCUUAGCCUCACUUUGGAUUGCCCAGGGGAAUUUUGCCACACUUUUUGUGUGUAUGACAUGUGGACUUAUAGUGAAUAAAAGAAUCUUGCCUUAGGUGUGGCUAGAACCAAACACACACCUAACCUGGUCAAACUUGCCUAACUUGAUAUGUGGCAAAGUGUGGCUGGGAACCAAGCAGCCCCUUAGUUAAUCCAACCUUCACUAUUUUGGUGAAGGAAAAUCCUUGUAUCAAAUGUAGAACUAAACUAGAAACUGAGGUAUAUGCCUAUUCUGAAAUAUCACAUGUGUGAUAUGCUCGUGGUUCUGUGAUAGUUAGCGUUUUUUCGUACCUGUGUUAGAACGGCUUACGACAUGCCGUAAAUUUUCUCUCAAGAAUAUACUACUUUGGAGAACAUGAUGAUUUAUCCCUUGCUUAUUUGAAGUAAUAGGUUAUCUAUUUCGCAGCAUCUUAGUAACACACACCACAACCUUGUUGUCUUGUUGAAAUGCGUGGAAUGGAGUGAUGUACAUGUAUGAAGUCUGCAUAUUGUACUGGGUGUUUUUGGAAUUAAUUUAAAAUAGCAAUAUUUAGCAGCACUAUCACCAAAGAACUAGCCAUGGGCAUGGGUGCGUGGAAGUUAGCUAUCCAUGUGGCAGAACCAUGACUUGGUUUCGAGAUCUUAUCGGUUUCAACUCUAGCCUACCGCAACUUGUUUGGAACUGAGAGGCUUAAGUCAAAAUAAAGUGAAAUUGCGGGGCGCAAAUAAAGUGAAAUUGCGGGGCACGACAGCAACAAAACAACCACCGCCUAUAUAUUGAGUUAUUGACCUCCAUUUCCGGUUCAUCCCACCUCCAACUUUCCUCCUCUUCCCCUCUUCUCCAGAUCUACUCCGCCGCCGCCUCCCAUGGCGCCUCCUGCCAGAAACCUUAACCCUAAUCCGAACACUAACAACCCCGAUCCUCCCUUCGACAUGGGUAUUCUCUUCGGUUCGCCUCCUACCGCUGCGCCCACGUUCCCUGCCGCCGUCGGCCCGCCGCCGCCGUUCGGCCCUUACUCCCACCCCUCGGCCACCUCUCCCUUUCACGGCGGCCCCUACCUCCACCACACGCAGGAUCUUCAUCCCCCUAUGCCCCGCCCACCCAUGUCCUUCCCCAUGCACCGCCCAACGAUCUCCUUCCCCAUGCACCGCCCAGCCAUCUCCUUCCCCAUGUACCGCUCCUUCUCCAUUCCAGAUCUAAAUGCAAACCCUAGCGCCGCCUUGCCCGGCAGCUACCUUCACUACACGCAGGAUCUCCGAUACCUCAACUCCUACAGGCGAGACCUGAACCUGAAUGUUAACCUCAGAGCCGCCUUGGGCCGCCUGCAGGAUCGCCAAUCUCCCAUGGCCAGCUCAGGCAACUCCAUCCACACACUUAACCCAAACACAAACCUGAACCUGAGCGCCAACCCCAGCGCCGUCUCGCACGGCCGCUACCAUCAGAACGCGCAGGAUAUUCGACAUUCCAUGCCCCGCCCAGUAAUAUCCUUUGCCAUGCCAAACCGGAGCGACAACCCCCGCACCGUUGCAGGUGCCAAACCUGAACAGAAUAAAGGAGCACCGAACGGAAGGCAGAACAAUUCUAAUGAUGUUAUUCACCUUUCUGAUUCUGAUUCUGAUUCUGAUUCUGAUGAUUUUUUCGAAGAAGAGGCUCCCCCCACACACUCCAAGUCAAAUGGGAAAGCUUCAUCUGAUAGCCUAAAAACUGGUGGAAAGGCUUCAUCCUUUUCUAAUGGAGAAGGUAGCAAAGGAGGGAAGGCAUUUAGUGCUGGGAAAGGUGGGAAGGGCUCCGCAUCAAAUGCAAAGCCUGCAAUGUCUGAUGCAGAACUAAAGCUUCAGCUCGAUAUGCCUCCAAAUUCUAUAUUGUUAUCGAACUGUGAAGCAGCAGAAAUGUUGCAGAAAAUUCAAGGACAUAUGGCUAUCUUAUCAGAGGAUCCGACUAUAAAAAUUCCCGAGUCGUUUGACAAGGCCUUUCAAUAUGCAAAAGAAGGAAAUCACUUCACCUCUGCGAAGUCGGUGAAAGAAAUUCUGGAACCUCUUAAAGACUAUGGUGUUAAUGAUGGCGAGAUAUGCAUGAUAGCGAACAUUGGGCCUGAGACCAUCAAAGAGGUUUAUGCACUGAUACCGUCUCUCAAGGCUACUAGGUCCAUCAAUGAAGGCAAGAUCGUGGAGGCUCUUGCUGCCCUCGCUAACAUAAAAGUCUCCAAGUGAACCUCAGCUACACAGCUGAUCAGGCAAUGAAGGAUCCGUAACUGGGGUCUCUGUGGUGUAUGGUUGUUCACCGAAAUCGAGCUCUUUCUUUCGAGGGCCGAAAUCAAGUUGUGUGUAUGUAAACCGUGCUGUGCACAAGUGUGCCAGCUCUAGGUCUGGCUGGUUGAACUUUGACUUUUGGAAACUAGCUUGUGUCUAGCUGCCGGUUUAGCUAGUUGUUGAGGUGAUGUACUCUGAAUUGCCAAGUUAUGCCCGAUGGUCUGGCACGCCUGAACGAUGAAUAUUGUUGUUGCGGCC